GGUGAGUCGUACUCGCUAAAACGCGCACUGAGUAUUACGAGUACGAGUACGCCGAGAGACGCGCUCCAAAGACUAGCUCCACGAGUAUUUAGAAGUACGAGCCAUUAGGACCUAUAGAAUAGAUACGUACUCCUAAAUACUCAGUGGCCAGCGAUUUUACAUCAUAUUAUCUGAUACUAAGCGUACAUUAAUUUCAAACGAGUUCUACAUAGUCAUUUGGACUAGUGGUAUUUACGCAAGGUACAAUUAAAUUGAAUCCUGAGUUCGAUCCCGGGUAACAGAAAAUCAUUUUUGUCUUUUUAUUUUGUUUUUUCAAUUGGUUUUUGGUUUUUAUAAUCCACAAAAAAAAGAAAAAAAUUUGCAAACAAAAAUAUUUCAGUCAUUAAUUUCAAAAUUUCAAUUUAAUUUUAUUAUUUAGUUAUUUCUUUUAAUAUUACCUCAUGAUACUGUCGGGUUACAUUAACUUGUUACUUUAGCGGAUAAAUAAUCAUACUAAAACAAAUAAACAUUAUGAUUUUAAAAUAAGGAUAUUAAAAUCAGGGACUCCAAAUAUUGGAGUAUUAAGAGUAUUAAGUGUAUACUGCGUUAAAAAAUCGGUCUUAUGUUUGAUAAAGUAAAGACAAUUUUUCAUCGGCAAUGGGACGUCACUCACACAUUCUUAAACGAACGCGUCCGGGAACGCGUCUCGCGAUGUUUUGUCUGUUGGAGUAUGAAGUGUUUAUUGCGUUGAAAAACCGGUCUUAUGUCUAGACAACAAAGUCUAUUUUCUUUCGGCAUUGAUAGAAGUCUCUCACUCACACAUUACUAAUCGAACGCGUCUCUGAACACGUCCCGUAUUGGUUGGACCGUUAGAGUAUUUGCGAGUAUUGGACUCGCACUCUGUUGACGUCUUGCGCUCCUCGGUACUCGGUACUUCUAAAUACGCUUAAUACGUGUAUAAGUCCCUGCUCCGUACUCGUACGCCAUACGUCUUCCAACAAACCUAGUGUUAAGACCUGCUCCAGUAUAUACGCCUCACCUCUACAAAAUAGCCGCUGCUCGUGUGGCUCAGUCGUGCUCAUUUGUGUUUUUCAUUUUCUUACUGCUAAUGCAGUUAGAAAAAAAAACCAAGAUAUUACUAAAAACUUCAGAUGGAAAGCAAGAUAAAAAAAUUUACUUCAGUAGUUUCUGAGAGUAUUUUCAAAAUUCAGACAAUGUGAUGUCUCUAGAAUUCCACUUUGCAAUGUUGACUCAAUCAGCUCUGCAUGAUCGAAUCAGAAAUGAUGAAUCGAAGGAGAUCCGCAGAAGAACCAAAGUCACAGACAUCAACAAAUCGCAAAAGUGAAGUUGUAAUGGGUGGGGCACAUGAUUCGAAGAGCCGGUGGACAUUGGGGUCCCAAGGUGCUGGAAUGGCGACCCCCCAUCAGAUGGACUGAUGACAUCAAGCAAAUCACGGAUUUGCUGGUUGCUUGUGGCUCAGGAACAUGAUGUUUGGAAGUCCCUAGAAAAGUCCUGCAGUAGAUGUCCAUUGGAUGACAAGCCAGCUAGAGAUGCAAGCCAAAUAGAGGAUUUCAUCAGAGAUAUGCUAAUGAGAAGAAAUAAUAUGAUCAGGUCUGUUGAGCAUCCUACAAAAUGAUGUAUGAAGUUAUUUCUACAGUGGACACCAAAUUGGAAACAUUGAUUAAUUGCUACUUGGUUCUUCACUGUCAAUAACAUUCAAGUGGAUUUGAAUUUUGGGCCUUUUGAAAUAUAUCUUCAUGCUCAGUGCCAAACAAGAAUAUUUGCUUUAUUACAAACUAGUGACCUGCCCUGGCUUUGCACGGGUCCAAUUUAGAUAUUAUGAUUAGUCUAUUCUAUUGGAUAUCCUUAUGGCACACCGCACCUGCCAAGCAUGAUGAAACUGAAUGCCUGGCAUCCACUGUGCAUACACUUUUUUUAAAUCACUGAUAUUUUUUCAGUUCUCUAAUAUGUAUGUACAUAUUAUACAUAUAAACCUUCCUCUUCAAUCACUCUAGCUGAAAACUGCAUUAAAAUCCCUUUUUUAUUAUUUUUUUAAAAGAAUACUUGCCAUAUCUUUUAAAUAUGACUAAUAUUCUCAUUCCCAUCCAACUAGUCGGGAAAUAGACCAACCGGGCAAGGACUGAACCACCACCCCUCGGUGAUGAGUCCAACCACUCUUACCAUUGAGCUAUUGAAUAGUUUAAAACAUCUCAGAAGUGAUUUUAUACAGUGUAAUGAUGUGUAAAAUUACUACAGACACAUAAUUCAAAAGCCAGAAAUAGGCACUAAUAACAAUUUUUGGAUUUCAUUAUGAAAUUAUGGUUUCCCACAUGAUUGGUACAAAUUAAAUGUUUUCUUAUGUUGGUUUGGGCCUUCCUUGUGUCAUCCAUACGCUAUGUAAAAUUUCGAAUUUGUUGCCAAAAGAAAAGUCUCGCUUCUACAUUUAAUAAAUUCAUUGCAAAUAAAACAGAAUUAAUAAACAUCUUAUUUACUCUGUCUUGAUGCUGUUUAAAAAAUUUGUAAUGAACUCGUACAUCUAAAAGAAAUGUAUUCAAUAAUCAUCAAUAAUCAUGGCCGUCUUUCGAACACACAAAGUUAUUAAAGUUUUUUUUCCGCUUUAGUGACAUGUUUUUGUGGCUAAUUGGCCCUUUCGUUGAAAUAAUAUGAGGUAUCAUCGUAGAAAGCGUCGGUUAUUUUUAUUCAAAUGUGGAAAUUUAAAAAAGAGCAGAGCAAGUAGUUGCUUGCUUUGAUAAGCAAGUGUCUACUUGCUCUGCUGGAUACAAUAUUUUAAAAACUCUUUCAUGAGGCCCACGUACUGUGCUCCAUCGUUCACUGGAAUUUCUAAUUAUCUCAUAUUUGUUAGAUAAAUUCAUGGCAUUUAUUUUGUAAAUACGAUUUCCGUCAUAUGCCUGCCGCUGCUACGAGUUACAUAAGUGGUCGUGGAGGUAUGUCAAUUUUCUCGAGAUGCCAGUGUGGUAUCUUUGUUGUUAGGCUGUCUUCCUGUUUUUCUGGCGAAGGUUAAGCUAAAAAGUUGAUACACUUUUUAGUUUUGAGAAUUGGAACAUGAUGGUUUAUUAGUUGUAGAAACUGAAAUUUAUUUUCAUGGUCGAGAGCCAGGUAUGCUGUGGUAAGUUGAGAAUGAUCCCGACAGCCACAGAAAACACAUCUUUUUCAAUUUCCUUUCUUUGUUAGAAAGGAGUACCUAUAUAUUUUUUUCUAUUUGUUGAUCUGCUUGUUCGCAAUUAAGAAAAUGGUAUGCAGGCUGCAUACCAUUUUCUUAAUCAUCUUCAUGCCUUAUUCUAAAAGCUCUUUUUGUAAUCUAGGAUUCCAAUAUAUCAGCAUAUUAUUGUGGUAGCAUCUUUCUGAUUUUUACAAUUAAACCUUCAUGCCAUACUUUGUUGAAUGCGUUCUCAAUAUCAAGAAAAACCGUAGAGCACACUUUUUUCUCCUCAAAUGUUUUUUCUAUGAUAUUGACAAUUCUAUGCACUUGAUCAAUCGUCGAGUGUAUCUCUCUAAAACCGAAUCUUAAUUUUACCUGCCCUUUUUUGUACAUUUGGUAUAUGGAACGAAACUAACUCUAGCACUGAAGGGUUAGACAAUUCCCCCCUAAUCAGGCGGAAGAAUUAAUACGCUAGAGCUACACUAGGUAAUAUAAUGUAAUUUCGUUUUUCCUCUUCGCUUAACGUGAGUAAUCUGGUCUCUCCUUAUUAACUUGACUGUUGUCAUUUAGGAUAAUUCCGAACACUUCAGAGAGUCGAAGUAAAACGAAACCAUACUAAACUACGAAUACUAUUUAUUGCCUAAUCAAUCUUCUUUUCUUAUAAUCAUCGUAGAUAUAUUUUCAAAAUAUGCCGCAUCCAUCUUAGAUCAUCAUCACUUACAAUCAGGUGAGAUUGCUGUCAAGGGCUAACUUGUAAAGAAAGAAAAAAAAAUAGGCAAUGAUACUCUUUCUCUGUCGAAGCUCCAUUAUUGACGUUUUUCUUGUAGCAUGGUACAUUCUUCUGGUUCUCCUUUUCAAAAUUGUCAUCUGCUAAAUCUCUAAAAUUUUUCACUCCUUUUUUUAAAGAACAAACAUUUUUACUUACGUUUCAUUUUUAAUGAAACGUAGGUAAAAAUGACAAUAGAAUAAAAGCUUUCAAAAGCUGUUAUUCUAUUGAGAGACGUAGAUUCGGGCUUAUGAAGCGAAAUUUCAGGGUGUCUCCUUUUAAAUCCAUAGAACCAGUUUCCUUUUUCUGCCAUUUAGGAUGUUUUGUCAAAAUUAUGCUUCAAUUGAUUUCCUUUUGCAAAUUUAAAUGCUAUUAUUCGCACCAUCUCUAUUGUUUAACCAUAAAAUACUUUGCUGCUCUUAAUGAUAUGUUGUUCUAAUUUCUUUUCUCGUGCAUCAGUAAAUAUAGCUUUUCUUCCAGUUUUUGGUUGAUUUAUAAUUUCGAUCUUGAGAUUUGUGUAGUAUUUUUGGGAUAAAAUAAGUAAUAGCUGCCUUUCCUACUGACAGUUUUUUGUUCCUUACAUCGUGAACGGCUUUUUUAAAUCUUCUAAUUUGUAUUUGUUCUCAGUCUUCCUCUGGUAAUGUCAGAGCAUCUGAAAUAGAUUUAAUAAGUAAGUAGGGGGAGGGGAGGCACUUUGAUACACAAAAAUUCAAUCUCUUUUUUAAAGAUCGUAAAGUAUUAUAUUUUUAAUUUUUAUUUUGAUGUGUGCAUUAGCUGAUAUAUUAGUUUAUAUUUUGACUACGAAAAAACUGCAAAAACUCGUGAGGAAUUGAGAUAAACUGAUUUUAAUAAAAAAAUCAUUUUUGUAUCAUUUUGCCCCACCUAUGGGGCACUUUGAUACAUGGGAUGAGGCAGUUUGAUGCGUAUUUUAGAUUCAUGUGAAAUGCAAGUUUAUACUGACUAAAAACCCAAUAUAAACUGUAUUAUUACAUAAAAUUAAGAAAUGAAAACCAUUUUAAUGAUUGACAUCGCAAAAUACACUUUAUUAAAUGUACACAAUGUCAUAAUCAGUCUAUUAUGUUAUUUAUGGAAAAUAAUUAUAAAAACAGUAUUGUCAUCAUAGAUCAAGUAAAUUUUUUUGUUAUUUUCUUAAUUAUCUAAUUAGUUAUAUACAUAAUAAGUACUUUAACAUCGAAUAUUGUUACUGAAAUAUUAGGUAGGUACAUAAUUGAACCUCCUAUUAAAAUGAACAAUGUUUUUCUUAAAAAUUUUAAACAAACAUCAGAAAUUUAACAAAAAUAAUCAUAUAAACAUCGUCCUCGAGCCGCCAGCAUCCAGCGGCUCCCUAGAACCCGCUUGAUAUCCUCCACCACCUAGUGGAGGGUCGACCAACAUUUCGCUUUUGGGUGUGGGUCGCUGGUUUCUGGACCUAUGCGAUGUCGUAGAGUUGCAGUUUUGAUGACAUUUUUCGGCCACUUUGCGUAUAUAUAAAGUCUUCGACAAUACUUCACGUAUUGCGUCUUUAAUAUUUGCUUCAUUGAUAUAUUUUCUAUCAGUUUUGGGUUUACGCACCAGUAGCGUAGCGUGCCAUAUAGGGCCCUGUAUCAAAUUUGUUGGGGGGCCCAAAAUUAAAUGUUUCUCAAAUUCUCCCAAAAGAAAAUAGCUCGCUUAAAAUAAAUAUGACAGUGACUUAAUAUGAAUGGUGUUUUCAACUUUCGGGUGCACGUUUAACUCGGGAAAAAACGAGUUUUUAAAAAGCCCAAUUAUUCCCGGAUUAAACUUUUGCAAAUUUCAAAAUAUCUUAGAUUGAACACACUGAUUUGAAUUUUUUUGUCGUGAUCGUUUUACCUCCAGUGAUGAUUAUGUACACCUUUCCCCUACAGGUAAAGUAGAGGGGAAUACUGUGACACUGUAAAUGACUUUUUUUUUCCUGUUGAGUAAAUGCCGUUUAGCUCCCUGUGGAACAACUACGACCAUUCGGGAGGGCAUGUCAUCGUCAGGAUCGUAAAGGACGAUUUUGGGACGUCUCUGCUUGGAGUUAGCGUUAAGGUUGGGAGUAUAUGGAUGGCAGCUCUGUUAAAAUGGUUUUGAGAAAGCUGUUUCAUGUAACUAACUACUGAAGGUAGAUCUAAGUCUCUAUGAAGGUCGUUAUUACGUACAAACCACGGUGCGCCCAUGAUUUGCCGUAGGAAUCGAUUUUGCAGAGUUUGAAGCGGCUUAAGGGCAUAAACUGCGUUACGCGUGUGUACGCACGUGAGCACGUCGCGGGCCACGCUUCUGGUGCACGCACGUGAGCACGUUCGCGUGCUUAUGCGCGGGCAUCGGCGCGUGCAUCCGCGUCGCAGUUUUCUCAGUACAAUUUUGACGUUGGAGGUGUACAGUCGAGUAAUUAUGGAUAAAUUAAUGUUGUAUUAUUUAUCAAGACGACGGCGACGACGAAUUGCCAAAAAAAGACGCCAGCCAGUAAGCCCGUACGUUGAAUCUAGGUUACUGUGCGGGGAAUUCGUGGUGAAGUUUGGUAUAUUAAGAGAAAAUGAAAGGUUUUUUUUCAAAUAUUUUAAAGUUUCAUUACAAGUCUAUGAUGAAUUAUAUUCAAAACUGGAGCCCUAUUUGAAGACUAACAAUCUACGAUUGAAAUCUACGUCAAUCGUAUCACCAAUGGAACGAUUUGCAAUGACAUUGCGAUAUUUAGUCAGUGGACAUACCUUCGUCGAUAUUCAUCUGGCGUAUCAUACAGGACUAACCACGGUCAGAAAAAUAGUAACAGAAGUUUGUCAAAUUAUAAUUGAAAGGUUAAAGGAAGAAUGUAUACCAAAAUUUUCCCGUGCGCUAUGGGAAGAGACUGAAAAAGGUUUUUUAACGCAAGCCCAGUUUCCUAACUGCAUAGGUGCAAUAGACGGAAAACAUAUACGCAUUAUAAGACCUCCACAUAGUGGUUCCCUCUAUUACAACUAUAAGCAUUACUAUUCUAUUGUACUGCUUGCAAUGUGUAACGCCAACUAUGAGUUUACCUAUAUAAACGUGGGAGUGCAGGGUAAAGAAUCUGACUCCGCAAUUUUCACACAAAGCCGAUUGUACGAACAAAUCAACAAUGACUUAAUAGAUAUUCCUCCUGCCAAAGCAUUGCCCGUAAUACACAAUGAUAAACCAACAAACAUUGCUGCAACCGCAGCUUUGCCCUAUAUUAUUGUAGGAGAUGAAGCAUUUGGGUUAUCUAGCCAUGUCAUGCGGCCAUAUGCUCGAGCUCUCGAUUUAAACUACAAAAAAAAAAUAUUCAAUUAUAGGUUAACGAGAGCGCGACGUUAUAUUGAGUGUACAUUUUACAGAGCGCAAAGAAUAGUUUACCUAACCUACGUUAUUAUAAAAUAAAUAAAGAGUGUAGGUACUUACC